AUGGGAAAUCGCAAGAAGUCGGACGACUCGGCCAAGAAGGACACGGAUAAGCCGAAAGUGAUUCAAACCUACUCUCGAGUGACGCCGAAGCAGACGAUAUCGACGCCGAAGCUGUUGGCCAUCAGUCAGACUCAGCUGAAGUCGCAGCUGAGCGGCGGUGGACAGGCGUCAGGCGCGAAGAUUACGCCGAAGUUUGUGUCGACACCGGCGGCGACGCAGAAGAAGGCGCCGGCUUCGGCACAGAGGCGGACGGCGACACCGAUGACUAAAUACAUCGACGGUCUGCCGGAACUCCACGAAUGCACUCUCGAUGUCGAGAAUGACUCGCAACUGACGAAACUUCCCGACAAAAUACUACUCUUGCACUCAGAGCUACCCCUGAAUCUGGCGCUCAGUGUUGAACACGAAGACGAGUCGUUCCUAUUCCGUCAGAUCGUGUCCCCAAUGGAGCCCAACCGCUACGUCUGCCUCCUCUGCAAAGGCAUUGACGUGAGCUAUGCGACCAAAGAGGAGAAGGAUAUCAUAUCGCACUACCGGACGCUACACGAGCUCGAAGUGGUGACAGCGAACGCCAAGUUCUCCGAAGACAUUGUCUUCAUAUGCCUGCCGAAGACGAUUCUGCAGCAGCUGAAGAGCAACAACAACGCCAUCCCCCUGAACGCCCCCUGUCAGUACUGCGGCGAUGAGGUGCGGCUCAUCAACAUCGAGAACAUGAAGCAGCACUACUGUCUGGAGCACAACAAGGAGGUGACAAUGAUAGAGCAGGAGGAGAUACUCCGGAUGCACCUCUUCUUCUACUGCAGUCAAUGCAAGCACCAGUCGAAGGACUUCGACGCCCACCACAAGCACAUGAAGGACGAGCACAAAUGCAAGUCAUAUAAGUGCAAGAAUUGUGUACUCAUUACGCAAGACCUGACGAGACUGAAGACCCACUUCCGCGCGAAGCAUAUGAUUAACAACUCGACGCAGAAUAUGCAGUGCUAUUACUGUCACGGACUGCUCAUUGGCAUCGAUCGGCUCAAUAAGCACAUCCAACAGUCACAUAUGGUUCAGACGGGGCCCCAGGAGUUCUCGUGCGUUGCGUGUCUCAAGCCGUGCGGUCGCGGCAAAGAUCUGUUAAUUCACGCGCAGACGUGCGAUAAGGCCGGCAAUAAGGACAGAGACUCCAAGGAGGAUAAGGGUGGCAAAGGCGCGGCUAAACAACACGUACAGCCGGCUACUGACGCCGAGAGUGAGGCCGCCAUCUGUUUCCUGUGCGGCGACGAGUUCGAGAACAACGAGAUCUGUCUCCUCCACCAACACCACGUCCACAUGCGAUGGGUGUCCGAUCUGAGACGCUACACGUCCAACACGACGGCCCAACUCAUAGACCCGCCGUUGCCCAAAGAGCUGACCAUCGAUGACCUGACGCCCGAAGAGGACCUCCGCAAGUCGAAAGUGGACACAAUUGUGGGCCAUUGGUGUCGUAUGUGCGACCAAAUGGUGAAAGUGUAUCGCCUGUAUUACCUCCAUAUGGCUAACUAUCAUAAGCUGAACAAAGAAUUUCAAUGCAAUGUCUCCAACUGUAAGCAACAGUUCACGUCCGCCGAAGCCUUUCACGAGCACAUGAUUUCGACGAAUCACACGCAGAAGACUAUUAUCACACAUCCGGACGAAGUGUUUGUCUGCGCCUACUGUGACCUAUACUUCGGCUCCGACGAGGACUUAGUGGCGCACCUCAUAACGGACCAACACAUCAAUAAGUUCACGGCUUCCGGUCAUUUUCAUCGCACAGAGCCGAGGAAUUUCAAGUGUAAGGCCUGUCACACGUUCUUCGGUAUGAAGGAGUCAUACAUUCAUCACUUGGAGACCGAACCCCAUCAGUACGCCUGUCCCUAUUGCGGUAUAUCG